AUGUCGCUAGACAAGAGAAACGUCGUCCCAGUGGAUACUCACGUUCACCAAAUAGCACUCAAAUACUACGGACUUCGAGGGACACCACAGGGAAAGGGCGGCAAGGUGCCUAUGACGCCCAAAAUCUAUGAAGCUGUCUGCACAAAGCUCGUCGAAACGUGGGGUGAUUAUGCUGGCUGGGCACAUAGUGUCCUGUUCACAGCCGACUUGCGCUCCUUUGCAAAUUAUGGCCUCGCAUCGCCGGAUAGCACGCCGUCAAAGCCCGAAACCCCUGCAACGUCUGUCCCUCCGACACCAACUGAGAGUGACGCGGACUAUUUCGGCGAAACGCCGACCAAAAAGCGCAGGUCGAGGACCGCAAGUGCACCGAGACUAAAGAGAGUAAAGACGGAAUGA